CAUCGCCCGGUUCAAACCGCUAACGGCUGUCCUCCUGUGCGGAUCGAUUCCGGUGUUCGUCGCUACCAGAAAAACGCAGCAAUCGCGGCUCGCAAGAUCACGACGUAAAAUUACGGACUUUUUUUCUGCAGAUGCAACCGAAAACGAAAUUAAUCGCAAGCCCACACUUGCUAAAGGACAACGUGAUUAUAAAAACGACGGGCUUUUUCGUGAGAAAUUCGAUGUGCAAGUGUCAGUGAACGUUAAAGUUAAUGCCGGCCGAGUCCGCAAUCUUGUGCAGCGGUGCUUCCCGCCGGGGUGCCACGUUAAGGUGCACAGCCAAUAAUAAUGCAAUCAAGCGAUUGAUUUAAUUGAAAAGAUAAUAAAUUCUAUCUUUGGUGCGGUGCGCUCCCGGUAAAGUGGUUGAUUCGUUAGGUUUGCCCAGGUUGGUGCAGAGCUUUCACCCCACCAGCCCUUCGCGCGGUGUGAUCUCGGGGGAUUUAAUCGGUGGCGCAAUCAAAUUUCCGAUCAGUGUGAUUUUACUGGGAAGCGCCCAGCAAACGACCUUCCUUCCGUGCAGUGUGAGAUAAGAAAAAAAAAGCCCGCUUAACGAGGUGUGAAGUAAGCAUCCGUGGAGGUUUAAUUUUAUUGGCAUGAAGGAAGAAAAAACGAAACGAAACUGGUCAAACGCGCGCAUUAACCUGUGCAGUUUGAUCGAGCUGCGGUCCGAACAUUGAUCGUGGUGCUCCCGGGGGCACCAGAAAUCAGCAGAAUAAAUAUUGACUAACGUUAUACCGGCGGGCAGUGGCAGGGGAUGAAAAUUAUUGUGAAGAAAAGAAAGUGCAUCCAGUUAACCGAUAACCAAAGGAUAAAUAAAGAGUACUACCGACAGAAAACGACCCUCAUUCCGGGAACUAAAUUAGAAGUGCAAGCAAUUCGUUAGAAGCUAAUGGCAACAUCCUGCACAGAAAAGCACCACCUCAUCGUGAUAAGCUAAGCUGGAAGUGUGUCAAGUUACCCAGUGGUAAAAGAUAAUUUAAAACCUCCCCCUCUACUGUGUGAAUGGUUGAAUUGCUCUACUGCAUACUUUGAAUGCAGAUUGUGUUGUUUUUUUGUUCCUUCUACUUAACUCGAUCGAAAUCGAUAAAAUUCCAACCAGUGGAAUUCCGUGCCGUUUUGCCGUGGGGCCGUGCGUGUUCGAGCGUGUUGCGUUUGAUAUCGAGUUACACUUUGCGAUAGUGCCGUUUUGCGUGACAAGUGAAGUUAGGUGCUGGUGUUAGGUUAAGCGUGCAAGUGAUCGUGUCUUUCCAAAUUGAUCGUCAAGCGAAUUGAGAGAUUACCCGGUGUCCUUGUGCAAGUCAACACAGAGCAAAAUGUCUAAAGUGAAAGUUCACAGCAGCAAGGUGCAACGGCUAGAAUCGGUCCUGAAGUUCACCGUGACCGGUUUGACGCUGCUGCUUUUGACAGUUCCAGUGAUGACAGUGCAGCAGGAAGAUAACAGCGUCGUCACCGGUGGACCAACCGCCCAUCAUCCUCAUCAUCAUACACGUCACCAACGGCACCAACUCCAUCGGGAUGGUACCAAACAGCAGUACGAUGACAUCGGCGACGAUGGAGGUGGUGGUGGCGACGGUGGUGGUGGCGGCGGUAUUAUUGAAAAUUUUCUACUCAUCGACUAUCUGAACGAUGGCGAGCGGGAACGGCGACUCCAUUGGAACGGGGUAGUCGGCAAGGAGACGAGUCUAGCCGAUAGUAGCUCCAACAAAACGCUCAGUCUCUGGCAAAUGGCUACCCACAAGUACCUGAUGCAGAUCAUCUACAACAGCGAAGGUCAAAUGAUGGACUGCGAGUACGUUCGGCAGCGCGAUAUGUUGCAUCAGUUUCGGGACCGCUUCUUCGCCGAGUUUGCCCAGGCACGGGCACGCAACUUUAGCUCGGCCCAGGGCGGCCCCCAGACAGUGGACCGUGCCUCGCUAGUGUCCAACCAUGACUUCCGGCAGUAUCUCGAGCAUGACAUCGUUACGCCCGAGAUGGAGGAGCUGCAGUACAAUGUGUACGAGUUUCCGGCCGGCGUACCGGCCGCCCAGCAGACCAUCGAUGCGUUCGGCAUGCGCAACCUCACGUACAUUCCGCUCCGCGCCGUUGCCGACAUACCGGCCGAGCUACUGGAGCAGCUCAACUUCCAGCAGCUGAAGCAGCGGUGCAACGUGCGGCACAUGCAGCUGAAGGAGAUUGCCACCGGUCUGCGGAGUGCCGAUCCCGAGCACAAGCGGAUAGCGAACGAGAAGUUGCAGAGACAGCGCCGCGAUCUGUCCAGCAUGAUGCGCGUCCCGGGCACGAAAUGGUGCGGCAAGGGCUGGAGUGCCCGUAACUACGUCGACAUGGGCGGCUACUCGAAGGCCGAUCGGUGCUGCCGCCAGCACGACCUAUCCUGCCCGUUCUGGAUCCUGGGCUUCGAGACGAAGUACAACCUGUUCAACUGGCGCGUCGGCACACUGAUGCACUGCGGGUGCGACGAGAGAUUCCGCACCUGCCUGAAGCUGGCCGACUCCAAGGACGCCAACCUGGUCGGGAAGCUGUUCUUCAACGUGAUGCAGAUGAAGUGUUUCGUCUUCAAGCCGGAAACGGUUUGCACGAAAAAGUCCUGGUGGGGCACCUGCGAGCGCAAGGGCCGCCGGAAACGGGCGGUACUGCGGCACAAUCGAAAGUUUUAAAAGCAACCGUGUGCAAAACCUGUAAACAUGAGAUUUUAGUUAUUAGUGCAUCGCAUCUGCCACGUGGUUUUGUUGGGCAGGGUUGCUCGCUCGCUCGCUGGGGCAUCCCAUAUCCCCCCCCGUUUACCAAAAUGUUAUUUAUUGUGUACAGAUUACCUUAUUUAUUGCUACCGUUUUGUCCAUAGAAAAAAAAACAACUUAAAAACUCGCGCCUGAAGUCACACCAUUUGCAGUUUGCUUGUUGUUGAGGUAAAGGCGGUCUCUUCUCCUUACUCUAAUGGCUGCAAAUACGUGGCAUCAGGGCUUGUGCAUGUGAGUUCCAACGGAUUCCUAUUAGCUUUGUAAGGCAAACACACACACAAACAUACAAACACAACAGCAAUAAGUGACAGAAAAACAAUCGCGGUGAUAAAACAAAUCGGGCUAGGAUGUAAGGAUUAGAGUUGGUAAGGCGAGAUCGUGAUCGUGUGACUAUUUAAAAAGUAAACCGAGUAUUCAUCAAAAUAGCCACGCAUACACACAUACAUCUACAUCCACAUCGAAUGAUCUGACCUAAUGUAGGCUGAGAAAGUAGUGUACUGAUAGUAGUAGAAGUAUUAGCGAAUGUUUGAUAAGCAUUGCGUAAGCUCUGUUUCUCCGCAUGACCGUAUAGGCGUAUCGAGAAAAGCGCAUAGAUUCCAUGACAUAAAUUCAUUUAAAACAAAAUCAACCGAUCGUAUCCAGAUGAAGCGAAUAGUGCGUAUUUAUUACUGAAAGUCCUGAACUGAAUUGUGCUCCGAGGAGGGGUUUUGGACCUAGGCAUUCUUGGAGACUCAAGCAUACUAAGGAGGUUCGGAAGCUAAAGCGUUACAUUAGGGCCUGAACUCAUUACCCUGCCAACUAUUGAAUUUAUGUUUUUUAGUUGACAAAAGGCAUGUUUUUUUUUUAAUUGAACUGUGAGAAAACUAUCACACAAUCAACUAAAACCCAUUCAACUGAUUGAGUUCUGACUGUAGUACGCAAUCCAAGCGAACUGUUCACGUGCCGUUUGCGCGUUUGUAAAUAUUAGACAUAGACUAGGCAAAGAUCUGCAAACUGUGAAAACAAACGCUUGAAACGCUUUGAUUUGGUGUAAAAAUUAGACGUUAGCAUAAUUUAGUGGUGUACAUAGUAAGGUAAGAAGUGGUUAGGUCGAGAGAGGGAAUCAAAACUAUAAAAUAAAACUACCAUUGAAGUGUAUACAUCUGAGACGGGCGUGUUGAAUGCUGUUUUAUCGUUAACGGAUCGCGUUGGAGAAACCUACGAAAUACGGCAAUAUUUAUAUGCGUAUGUAUAGCACAGCGCCACCAGCACUACCGUAGACAAUUAUUGUAAAAGUAACACUAGUAGACGAGGGUAAGAAUAGUACCGCACAAACACACAUACGAAACAUCCUAAAUGCAAACUGUUCAAAUAAUCUUGUUCCAAUCAAUAUAAACUGUCCUGAAUUAUUAUAAGAACAAUAAAAUCAAAUGAAACUAAUAAUUAUUGAGCGUUAUUUAUUACUGCUGGCAAAACAAUUCUAAAACCGACUUUAUCUUUGGUAAUGAUUGUUUGAGGUAAGUAAAACCAUUUUUUUUUCAACAAUUCAAACUUUACAUUUUCGAGAAAAAACGUCCUAUGAAGUCUUAUGAAGAAUAAAUUCAAUUUAAAAUAUUUAAUAAUUCACGGAAUUAUUCAUUAAUGCAUUAAAAAACAAGACUUGUUACAGUAUUUAUAAACCAGGUCAAUGAAAUUUACAUCGUCAAGCAUCGUAUGGUAUGAUCUAAUCGGUAACGCAGCGCACUGAUGACACGCAAGGCCACAAUUUAAAUCUGCUCUUCAUCCGCACGCGCAUUGAGAGAGAAACUUUUCCGUCAAAAUUGUGAAUGAAUAAAUAAUAAAAUAUGAGAAAUUCGAAGAUAUAAAUUGAAUUAAAAUGCAAAAGUAAGAUAUAUUGAAUUAUAAAGAAAAUUUGUGUUAUUAUUAUAAUAUGGUAAAGCGAAUUAUUCAACUUGGAUGUUAAAUACAAAUACACAGAGUAAGGACAAACAUGGUUCGUCUCAAUGGAUAAUGUAUAAUGUAUGUGGUGAUCAUAAUUCCAUUUUUGUAGGUGAUGUUAUAGUUGAAUAUCGUAUUUUAAUUUUAACACUAAGUUAAUUUUUAACCUAAACACUAACCACCGUUUUGAUAUCAAAGAAGUUUUCACUGCGUAAAAGGUACAAAUUCUAGAAAGUGAAACAAAUCCGUUAUACGGUUCUGUAUGACACGAUGUUUAAAAUCUUAACAUCAGUUUUAUAACAACUACUAUUGCCAUGGAUAAUCGAGAGCAGCUGUGCUUGCAUGCAAUCUAACAACAUUUGCACACGAGCUCGCUUGCCGACCAAACCUCCCAAUAGAGGGCACCACCGUGGUUUGUUUCUAAAAAUAGACACACAACGCGAGCGAGAGCGAACGUACGGGGUAGUCUCGCAACCCCCUAUUGCCAAACGCACGCACCGCGAUGCCGAGAACAAGCAGUACGAGUUUUAACGCACCCUCUUUCGACCGGGAGCGUGGCGUCUCCUGUAACGCGGCUACCCGUGGGUCGGAUUACGGACUGAUUUGAGGGCGGGAGUCCUGUGUGCUGGACCAGGCCAUGUUGACGGGGCGUCCGCACUAAGCUGGCCGUCAAUAUGGGUGUCACGGAGGAGUCCGAGACAUUCAGGUUGGCUAAGGAGAGACACACCGAGCGAGGGGUGAAAACCAGCAGCUAAGAGUCUCCGCGGCAAGCAGUAGUGGGAUCGCGUCCCGGAGUGGACUGCCAGUGCCAGCCCGACCAAUAAAGUCACACUGUAAUCUUUU